CUCGACAACAUUUUCUUUCGUGGACUGCAAGAACACAAUUCGUGAUAACUUGCGCCCAGUUCAGAACAACGUACCGAUGGAAGCGCCGAUGACCAACAAUGCGGCGAGAUUUGCCUCGAUUCCGCCACCUCGGGACCAUGUUCUCUGGUCCCUGUUCAACUUCUUCUACAUGAACGUGUGUUGCCUUGGAUUUGGGGCUCUUUACUUCUCAAUAAAGGCCAGAGACCGAAAAGUGGUCGGCGACAUAGAAGGGGCGCGAGGAUACGGGUCCAAAGCGCGCUGCUUAAACAUCGUGGCGCUCUGUCUCUCCCUGCUGUUCUUCAUCAUCAUCAUCAUCGUGCUUGCAGCGGGAACUGCGACCGCUGCUAAUGCCAUUAAUAUCCGUAGGAAUUAACGGACACAAUUUUGUCAUAAGGUGCUUCGUUCCUUAAUUGCCUCUUUCGUCCCCAUUAAAGCCCUGCUACCAAUUUGUAUUUUACCAUU